CACUCUCACUCCACCCUCUUCCUCUCCUGCUCGUUCUCUUCCUCCUCCCCGGUGCAGCGUGUGAUGGUGUGUCCCCUCCUCUCUGUCCUGGAGACAUGCCUGUGCAGGAGAUGGCGGUGAGUCCUGUCAAGUCCCUUUACUGGGAGCAGUUCCCCCCCAUGACGCAGCGCCGCGUCUACUGCACGCCCGUCUACCACGAAGGCCUGCUCUAUGUUCUGGGGGGCUGCAGCGAGACUGGCCUGCCCCUGGACAGCGUCGAGGUCCUGGAUGUAGAGAGCCAGACGUGGAGCCAGCUGCCUCCGCUUCCCACUGCGCGAGCAGGGGCCUCGGCUGUGGCGUUAGGGGGCCAGGUGAUGGUGCUCGGGGGCAUGAACCAGCAACAGACCCCGCUGCCCUCCGUGGAGAUGUACCACCCCGACGAGGGCAAAUGGGAGACAAGGGCCAGCCUGGGUCAGCCAUCCAUGGGAGUCACCACUGUGGAGAAAGAUGGAAAGGUGUAUGCGUUGGGAGGUAUGGGAGCCGACACAACGGCACAGGCUCUGGUGAGGGUUUAUGAGGCAGAAAAGGACCAAUGGCAGCCGAUGACUUCCAUGCCCACGCCGCGGUACGGAGCCACGCCCUUCGUAAGAGGAAACAAAAUCUACAUGAUGGGUGGUCGUCAAGGAAAGCUGCCGGUGACGGCGUUGGAGGCUUUUGAUCUGGAGAUGAAGAGCUGGACACGUUACCCCUGCAUCCCCAGCCGGAGGGCCUUUUCCUGCUGCGCCACAAAUGAACGAAGUCUCUUCAGCCUGGGGGGCCUCCAGCAACCAGGACCACAUAACUUCUACUCCAGACCUCACUUUGUCAGUACCAUGGAGGAGUAUGAUCUGGAUCAAGGUAUCUGGAUCAAACCCAGCCGAACGUCCAGGAUGAGGGAGAAGAGGGCUGACUUUGUGGCAGGAUGCCUGGGAGGAAGGGUAAUUGCAGCUGGUGGUCUAGGUAAUGAGCCAUCGCCGUUGGGCACGGUGGAGAGCUACAACCCGGUGAAGCGGCGCUGGGAGUAUGUGGCGCCCAUGCCCACUGCUCGCUGCUCCUCUGCCCUCCUGCAAACAGCCAGCAUGCUCUUUGUCAUUGGCGGAGUCGCCCAGGGACCCAGUAAUGCAGUGGAAGCCCUCUGCUUACCGGAGACAGUGUGACACGGAGGAGUCACGCAGGAGUGCAAACCGGCAUAUUUUAUUUAUGUGUGUGUAUAAACACAUGAAGUGGAUCCACAGAUCGGACUAAGAUACUUUUCUACCUUUAUGUCCAAUUGAUGGUUUCCUCCUGUACACUGGGAUGUAAGUUUUUGACAUUCAACAAGCGUUUUCAACUGCAGAGACCGUUUGUGACUGAGCUGGACGAAUACAAGACAAAGGACGUUCAGGCCGGCUGCUAUAACUGGCAAGGACAGAAAACUGACAGCUUUUCUACACUGGGGAAAUCAGAUAAGAAUUUUUUUUUUUGCAAAAAACAAGACACACACACAUGGUGUCUGGAGAAACAACACGCCUUUGAACAGUUAAGCAUUUUUCAGAAUAAAAGCAGGGUACUUUUCUGGAUAUUAUAGGAAGAUAGGGCCAUAUCUGUAUCUUUUAUUUGCGGCAGCGUCGCUCUCCCCCUGCUGCUGCGACAGCAAGCUCAGACACUUUUCUAUGACCUUAGAAACAACGAUUGAGUUUUAGAUAGAGACGUUCUGUGAAAGUAAAUGUAUUUUUCUGUUUUUUCUCUUUUUGUUGCAGUGUUG